AUGCUUUUUUGGGGGAUACUGUUCAACGCAAAAUCAAUUGCUUGCGUUUAUGUACAACAUUACACAAUACUUGUGCAUCAGAAUGUUGUUGUUCUUGGUGAUGGAGGUCUAAAAUAUUUUUUUGGGACUUAUGACCCUCGGAUCGAAGACUCGUAUAGAACUGAGAUACAAGAUACGGGCGAAGAGGAAUACAUUAGAGAUGGUUCUGACUCGGUUCCCAUAAUGCUUGUUGGGAACAAAUGCGAAAAGAUAACUGAACGUGAAGUUUCACGCGAAGAAGGACUAAAGUUGGCUCGAGAACUUGGGUGUGUGUGA